AUGGCAGUUGGCAAGCUCCCCAAUAGUUCUCUGAAGGAUAGGGAAGCCUGGCGGUUGGCCAUUCCAGCUGGCACAGGCACAGUGCUGCCAGACAAAAUGCCAAGAAUGACUGCCUUCCAUCCCAGGCCUAACCCAAAGUCCGAGGCACAGAAGCCCUUCUACACGGAUGUGGUGGAUGAGCUGCACCAUCGUUUGCAACUCAACAAGAUGCACAACCGGCCAAAUCCGAGAUUCCAGGCUUGGCUGAAAAUCGGCAAGCUUCCACUCAUCCUCCCGGAAAGGCCUGACAAACCUUUUGAUAGUAAAGUCUGGAGAUGUUAUGUAUCCUGUGAUCCCAUAUUCUCUCGGGACCAGAAGGACGUGGCUAAUCUGAUGGCCAACCUGUUCCCCAUUACUAUCCCACCUCCCUCUUGCAUGAAGGAACAAACGCUAAUCAACUUUGUGUCCAGCGGCAACUUUUACAUUGACAACAAGGACAAGGAGAAAGCCAUCACCCAAUCAGCCAAGGAGCUCCUUCAGAUUAAGAGACUUUCAAUGCACGGUAUGAGUCGAAAGCAAUCCACAAAGAAGAAUUUCAAAUCCAUCAAGCGGGUCCCUGUUCCUACACGCUAUGCGUCACUGGAAGCCUGCGUGCGUGGGCGGAGCCCUGAAGACAUCCACCAAGACUACAGCAAAGUCAUAUCAUUCUGCAAAACCAAUGACGAAGUCUGCUUGACCACCACACCCUGCUCCACCCCGUUUCCACCCUGAGAUCAGAAUUAAGCCAGAAUAGGUGGGGGAGAAAUUCAGGAGAUAAAAAGGUUACAGAGAACACCAACAUGCCUCAAUGUAGCAUCUUACCUCUGGAGAUUUCUGCAAGAAAAUAAAUGUUACUGUCGCAGGAAUGGAUUUCAAUCUCAUGGGCUGGGGAUAUAAAGCCUGUACUGUAUAAAGUCCUCUGGUGUAACUGUC